AGCGCAAAUCCGCGCCAGAAACGACACAGUUUGAAGAUUCUCGCUGGUUCCUGGCCGGCGACGCUGUCCGAGCCCAGAUCUGCCUCCUCCCGCAGCGGCCGGCUCGCUCUCCGAAGAAGCCCCUUCGCCGGGCCGCCCGUAGUAACAAAUUGAAAGCUAUUACUUGUCCUACUAUAUCUUAGCCGGGAUUGAAAAGAUUUGGAGGUAUAGUUUAAUUACUGUGCAAACAUGAAACGGAAGCGUGGACAUAAGAAAGGCAAGUCGAAAGCCAGCAAGGCAGCUCGGGUGAGCGAGGCACCUAAACCUGUUCCAAGUGAAAACGUCGAGAAUGAUUCUGCUAAUGAUCAGGCUGCUCAUGAUGAGCCGGACUUGAGGAUGGAGGCUAAUACGCCUUCUUCAUCUGGUACUGACCAACCCUCCAAUGUGGCAAGCAUCAAUCCCGAUGGGUCGAUUGAGAAAACGAGCAAGAAACCAGUAGGCCGUGUUAAAGUGAAGCUGAAGACAUCUAAGAUUUUGGACUCUCAGCACAAUUCCUCGGAUGCCCCCACUCAGAGCGAUACCGAUAAGAGCAGCCAAAAGAUGGACGUGGACAAGCAAGUUACAGAUGUGGAUAAGAAGGAAGAUAGUAUCGAUUCAGUGCCUGAAACGAAUGCUGGUACUUCAGAGAAUCCUUCAAAGAAAGCUGCAAGCAUCAGGAUUAAGACUCCAAAGGCUUUGGCCUCUUUGAGUAACCAGGCUGAUAAUGCAGUUGGAGGGGAAGUGGAGAGCAUGCAGGUGCAGCAAGAGGAACCAAAGGAGAGUGUGCAACAAAAGGAACCAAAGGAAGCUGUGCGAAAUUCCCAACACAAUAAGCAAGAGUUAGAUUCCGCCCUGAUGGUCAUUAGGAAGGUUAUGAAGAUGGAAGCAGCUGAACCCUUCAAUGUCCCAGUGGAUCCAAUUGCAUUGGGAAUACCUGAUUACUUUGAUGUGAUCGAUACUCCUAUGGAUUUCGGAACAAUAUGCACCAAUCUCGAAAAUGGUGAGAAGUAUAGGAAUUCUGAGGAUGUCUUCAAUGAUGUACAAUACAUCUGGGGGAACUGUUACAAGUAUAACAAUAAGGGAGACUACAUUUUAGAUCUAAUGAGGCGAGUGAAGAAGAAUUUUAUGAAGUAUUGGACAGCAGCUGGUUUAUACAGUGGCAGUGAGAGUGCUGGAGAGAAUGGUUCUGGUAAAGGUGGUUUCAAACCCAAAGGGAAAAAGCGUCAUGGAUUCAGACGCCAUAAAAGCAAUUGCUUAUGUGCAAUAUGUGUUCUGAAGCGCAAAAGAAAGGAACGCGAGGAGAGGGAGAGAAUGGAGCGAGGUCAGGUUGCUGAGGAACUGAAGCAAGAGGAGCCAUUAAAUCUAGGGAGUCCAUAUGGUGAGGGAUCAUCAUCGAAUUCCGAGGAUUCACAGGACCGCGAUGCAGAUGCCGACAUGGAAGAUAAAGGAGAAGAGGUGAAGUUGGAGCCCUCUCAGCAGCAGCAACACAGCCCUCGUAAUCAGAAAGAGCGUGGUGAGGACGAGAAGGAUCGAGGAGAUGAUGAGACGGAGACUCGUCAGAGUGAUGACAGCCAAACUCAACCUCCUGAUAAGUCCCAAGAUACCGAUAGUUUAGGAGUGGAAACUGCUACCAAACAGCAGGUGAAGGGGCCUGAGUCCAGCGGAGUUCAAGAAAGUAGUCAGAAAGAAAUUGCGUUGGAAAAGCUCGAGGAAAAUGCCGCAGUGCAGCAUCAGAAGAUGAAGGAGGCACGGGAGAAGAAGCAUAAAGCCCAGUUGUACAAGAGCUUGUACAGCGAAAAUCCUACAGUUCUUAGUCUAUGCGGAAGUCUGUUCCCUGAGGAUCCGAAUUCUGUUUGGAGUGGGCCGCAUUCACUGGUUCUGCGACGACGACCAUCUCAGUCUUCUUCCAUCCUCGCAGCUAUCGAAUCAUUUAUGAAGUAGUGGCCCGAUUACCAUUUUAAGCAUUUUCUUACCACCAUGUGGGCAGGGCAGAGUUUUUUCUUUUCUUUUUUUUUUUUGAUGAAUAUGGGCAGGUAGUGUUGAUGUACAAUCUUUCGGUGUAUGUAAUUUGCUUUUCAUAUGACUAACAUUGUAAACGGAAAGAAUUUCAUAAUGAAGCAAGGUUAUGAUUAA